GGUGAAUGGAACAAAUGGGAAAUAAAUGCAUGGAGCCACACCUUGGACUAUUCCAGACUGGCAUGGUGAAUGGAAAUAAAUUUCCAUUGUUGUUGCAGUCGUCAUGUUGUUGACAGUCAUCGAGCACUUGCUUUUAGCGACCUCCGCCCAGCCAACUGCCACUUCCCACAGACUUGGACCACAUUUCGAACGACAUUCUCCUCACCAACCCCGACAGACAAUCUCAACCGCCCUCACGACUCGACUCGAAGACAAUAAACUACGGCCAUGGUCUAAAAGAGCCGUCUCGCCGCAAUUCAAGUCAUCCUUCUCCCGCCCGCCCAUCGCCAACCUCGAAUGGCGGCCCCCGAAGCCAUGAGCUCCAACAGCUCGCCCAUCUCCUCCCCGCUAUCCAGCAUAGCAUCGCGGUCGCCAUCACCACCAGUGGACUAUCCCUCACCCCCCUCGAGCAAUGUCUCCGAUACGGGUGUCUCCCCUUCGAAGUCGCGCGACGCACCAGAUCGCGAUGAGCCUCCACCUUCCAAGAGGCAAAAGAUCGUAAAGCCGAGGGAAUUAAAGACCGAGCAUCUUGAUCUAAGGAGACUAAAUGAUAGCGAUGACGACGAACACCACAAGAUCCAAGACGCAAAGCUUAGGAAGUUAAUGGAAGCUUUGCGCUCGAAGAGAAAGAUUGUGGUUAUUGCAGGAGCAGGAAUCUCGGUAUCUGCAGGCAUCCCCGAUUUCCGCUCCUCAACCGGCCUAUUCAACACAUUGCGCAGCCAGCAUAAGCUGAAGGCGUCUGGAAAACAUCUCUUCGACGCGUCCGUCUAUCGCAGCGAUUCGUCUACGAGCUCUUUCCACGACAUGGUCCGAGAACUGUCCCAUCUGACUCAGAAAGCAAAGCCUACUCCGUUUCACCAUAUGCUCGCGACACUAGCAGAGGAGGGUCGUUUGAUGCGCUUGUACUCUCAAAAUGUUGACGGUAUCGAUACAUCCAUCGAACCUUUAGUGACAAAAGUCCCCCUCAAUGCAAAAGGUCCCUGGCCGAAGACGAUCCAAUUACACGGGGGCUUGGAGAAGAUGGUCUGUACAAAAUGUGGUCAUUUGUCAAAUUUUGAUGGCGCACUUUUUGAAGGUCCGGAACCUCCAUCAUGCAAGGAAUGUGAGACGAUGGAUCAAGUCCGAAUCGCGGGAGGUCUUAGAAGUCAUGGAAUCGGCCGAUUACGACCCAGAAUGGUUCUGUAUAAUGAAUUCAAUCCUGACGAGGAUGCUAUUGGAGCAGUGAGUGCUGCGGAUCUCAAGAGUCGGCCGGAUGCAGUUAUUGUUGUGGGCACGAGUCUCAAAGUUCCUGGUAUUCGUCGUCUUGCUAAAGAAAUGUGCUCUGUUACUCGGGGUCGUCGAGGUGGAUUCACUGCUUGGAUUAAUCAUGACCCCGAGCCUCUUGGAAUUGAGUUCAAAGAUUGCUGGGAUAUGGUAGUCCGAGGGGAAUGCGAUGAUGUUGCUCGAUUAGUUUGUCUUCCGAUGUGGGACGACAAGGACUGCGGGGAAUAUUCCGUCGUGGACGGAAAGAUCAAGAAGAACAGCUAUCCUGAGGUGGUUCUAGACAUCAAGCCGGUCGAUGCUCUGAAGACGCAGGGAAUUCUCACGCCUUCAGAAAGCCCUCGACAACAAAGCCCGGCCCCGAAACUGAAGCAGGCGAUGCUCCAAUUUGGGUCCUUGAAAGCUGCAACAGAAAAGGAUACGAAGGUCAAGAAGAAGCCUGGAAGGAAACCAUUGCCAUCGAAACCAACCAAGCUUACCAACAAGAUCACAAGCACCUUCACCUCAUCGAAAACUGCACAGCCAACUACGAAACCGUCAGAGGCCGACUUUGGAGAUUCUGGAGAGACCACACUGUUUCCAGGGCUGGCAAAGACCCCAACCACGCCGAUGAGACCAGUUUCCCCGUUUGAUACUCGUAACAACAGCGACUCAUCAUACUUCAGACCUGAGGACCUCCACAAGUCGUCUCAUAUUGCGGUCGAAAUUCCUGCCUACAACAGACAGGAGACUAUUUCACCCAAAGGGAGAUUACCUUCCGGCAUGGAAAACCUCCUUACAUGAGAGUUUGACGCCUGUUCCCCUUAGCAGGGUAUCUCGGCCUCGUCUCGCGCUCUACACGGGAUAUGCAUGAGAGGCAGCAUUCAUCACAUUGUCACAUUCCCUCAUUCCUGUUCUUUUUGUAUCACGGCAUUGGGGAUGGCGUUGGAGGUUCCUUUUUUCUUCCUCUUUUCUGCAAGACCAUCAUCGAGAUGAAGUCGCUCUUGCUGAGUAUUGUUCACCAUACCAUAAACCUGCGUAUGUAGCAUUAGGCGGAAGUGAGGAUUGCAUCUGCAGGGAAACAGCUGGAAGAGCCAGCACGUACUUCCAGCUCUUUUUUGUUGCUUUGGUUGGUAAUGCAAUGGGACAUGCCGGGUUGUACAUAAUGGGUCCUUAGAGCAAGUCAGAUAGAUAUCGACCCGACUGUUUUAUUUACAUGGUUGGGAAUUUUACAGUUGGGAAUCGAAGCAUGAUUCUUGGCCUGAUUGUCGUCUUUAAUGGCCUAGGGUGACUUUCCC